UAAUAAAAAAUAUAUGGGAAAAGAAAGGGGGUCAGAAAUAAAUAAAGAAAUAGGAGACCUUUUAGGACAUCAAUUCUAUUUUAUAUCUGUGAGAAAAGACUGGGAAAACUGAGGGGAAAAAUUUAUCGGGGAGAGAGAGUUUCAUUGUUCAUGGCUUCUCGCAGGAAACCAUUCAUGAGUAGCUUCAAAAAACCACCAUCGACGAGUUUUGAAGAUCUAACUCCGGUAGCAAACUCUGAUUCGCAGAAUCAUUCAGCAAACCCUUCCAAUCAGGGAUCAUCAUUUGCUUUAAUUGGUAAUCUUCAAUCAAUGAACUCGAUUGAAGAUUCAUUGCCUGGAUUUUUCGAUCAGCAUCAUUCAGAAAAUCGCUCCAAUCGGGGAUCAUCAUCUGCUUCAAUUGGUGAUCUUCAAUCACUAAACACGAUUGAUAAUUCAUUGCCCGAAAGUUUCGAUCAGAUAAAUGAUCAAGAGGAGUGGGAAAAGUAUAGAAAGUGGGCAGCCACUUGUGUAGCUAUGUAUGCUUCAUAUGCUGUCAGCCUUGUCUCAAUUCUUCAUUGUCGUGAUCAUAUAAGGAAGUCAAUUUCAGAACAAGGAGAUUAUGAAAGAUAUGCCCUAAUUAAACGGCUAACGACUUUGGAAGAUGCAGAUUGUCGUAGCCAGUUACGCAUGAGCAAAGAUGCGUUUGCCACACUAGUUAGCAUGCUUAAAAGAACUCAGUUUCUUAGAGACAAUCCUCAAAGUAAAGUAGAAGAACAAGUUGCAAAAUUCCUUCAUAUAAUUGGCCAUAAGGGGCAUAAUCCUUUGAAAAUGGCGGGUAAUUCUCCCCACGAUGGAGGUUUUCCAGGUGCCGGCGAUGAUUUCGAUCCUAUGACUCUACCUCCGAGGACCCGACCUUUCAUUCCCGGGAGGUACCGUCCGCCAGCACACGUUCUUCCACGUGCUGUCUUCCGUCACUUCACCAGCUUUGACGAGCGAGCACCAGUGGAUCUGCUUCUCAGAGAGCCGGAGCAGCAUCUCUCUCAUGAGGCCCGAGAGGGUGGUUCCCGCAGUGUGCGGGGAUAUGGUUCGACCAUGGCGCGGGAUUGGUAUGCCGAGCUGCCGGAGGGUGUCCGAGAUUUGGUAGAUUUGGCAGGAUUUGGGCCCUUCUGCAUCGGGUUGUCACGUUGUCCUGCCAGGAGGACAUUGAUGGCAGCUUUGGUAGAGAGAUGGUGA